AUGGACCUGAUCUACCACCAGACAAUCAUCCCCACGCAGAAGAUCACGCACUGUGUUGGGGGCACCUUCACUCUACCCGGCGCCACCGACUUCGUUGUUGUGCGGCACGACACCCUUGAGCUGUGGACGCUGCACGUUGACCGCAACGUCGCGGAGUGUGUGCACAGCACCCGUCUCUUUGCAAAGGUUUACCAGGUCGCCACUGUGCCGACUGUCGCGGCGGCCGCACGUUCUGCGGGUGGGGGUGGUGGCGGCAUUCUGGACUCCCCGUCAAACAACAACAGUGACAGUGGCAGCGCGGCGGUGCAGCGUCUCGCCGUCACGUCGGAAACGGGCUGCCUUGUGCUGCUGCGCUACGACCUCGACGAGCUGCCGGUGCCGACGCGCCUGCUGCAGGACCCGACGG